AUGAAUGUAAGAAGACAAGACUGGUCUUGGAAGCUUGAUGAUGCCUUAUGGGCAUAUAGAAUAGUUUUUAAUACACCCAUCAGUAUGUCACCGUACCAAUUGGUUUAUGGCAAGGCAUAUCAUUUGCCAAUUGAAUUAGAGUAUAAGGUGUUGUGGGCACUUAGGAGGCUAAACUUGAAUUGGAACGAGGCAACAGAAUUAAGAUUGAGGCAGCUGAAUGAGAUAGAUGAGUUUUGUCUCAGUGUGUAUGAAAGGGAAGAUCUUUAUAAAGAGAAGAUGAAGAAGUACCACGACCGAAGGAUUGUAAAAAGAGAAUUUCUAAAGGGCGAUUGGGUGCUUCUCUUCAACUGCAAACUCAAACUGUUUCCAAGGUUAAAAAUUCAGAAGAAAAGGAGUUCUACAGUUAAAAAUGGGUUGAUGGGAAUACAGAUGGACCAUCAGGAUCACGAAGGACCGUUGCAUAAACUGUCGAAGCCAUGUGAAAAUUUAGACAUUUUGGAUAUGGCUUGA